AUUGUUUACGUCUUUGUAUACGAUCACAUAGAGAGUGAGAGAGAAAGAGAUUCAUCCUUGCAAGGCUUUUCUGGUGUGUGUUUGUGUUUUCUGAGAAUUAUGUCACUGCUUUCAGAUCUUCUCAACCUUGACCUCUCAGAAACCACUGAGAAAAUCAUCGCCGAGUACAUAUGGAUCGGUGGAUCUGGUAUGGAUGUAAGAAGCAAAGCAAGGACUCUUCCAGGACCCGUUUCUGAUCCUUCAAAGCUUCCGAAGUGGAAUUAUGAUGGUUCUAGCACAGGUCAAGCACCUGGAGAAGAUAGUGAAGUAAUUUUAUACCCCCAAGCAAUUUUCAAGGAUCCAUUUAGGAGAGGAAACAAUAUAUUGGUCAUAUGUGAUACUUAUACUCCUGCUGGAGAACCUAUUCCAACAAACAAGAGAGCUAAGGCUGCAAAGAUAUUCAGCCAUCCUGAUGUUGUUGCAGAAGUACCUUGGUAUGGUAUUGAGCAAGAGUACACCUUGUUGCAAAAAGAUGUCAAGUGGCCCAUCGGGUGGCCUCUUGGUGGUUUUCCCGGUCCACAGGGACCAUAUUACUGUGGUGCUGGUGCUGACAAAGCUUUUGGGCGUGACAUUGUUGAUGCCCACUACAAGGCCUGCCUUUAUGCAGGCAUCAACAUCAGCGGUAUCAACGGAGAAGUGAUGCCAGGACAAUGGGAAUUUCAAGUUGGUCCUGCAGUUGGCAUUUCUGCUGGAGACGAGUUGUGGGCUGCUCGUUACAUUUUGGAGAGGAUCACUGAGAUCGCUGGAGUAGUGCUUUCCUUCGAUCCAAAGCCAAUCCAGGGUGAUUGGAAUGGAGCUGGUGCUCACACAAAUUACAGCACCAAGUCCAUGAGAAAUGAUGGAGGUUAUGAAGUCAUCAAGAAAGCAAUUGGAAAGCUGGAAUUGAGGCACAAAGAACAUAUUUCUGCAUAUGGAGAAGGCAACGAGCGCCGUCUCACUGGUCGCCAUGAAACUGCUGAUAUCAACACUUUCUUAUGGGGUGUUGCUAACCGCGGUGCAUCUAUUCGUGUUGGUCGAGACACGGAGAAAGCAGGCAAAGGCUAUUUCGAGGACAGGAGGCCUGCUUCGAACAUGGAUCCAUACGUUGUUACUUCCAUGAUUGCGGAAACCACCAUCCUGUGGAAGCCAUAGAAAGCCAUCUGCACUCUUCUUUAUAGCGUCGACUCUGUUUUUCGAUGGUUUAUUGAAGACCUUGUUUUAGGAGAACCUUGUAAUAGGAUGUAUCCAUGUGUUAUCCACCUUAGGUUAGCUUGUUUUUGUUUUCUUCUUCAUUGUGUCGCAUUAUUACAAGCAACAUCAAGGUAAGUUUGUUGCUUCCUUCGCUCAUGAGUGUUAAAUAAUGGUCGUCUUUAUAAUUCAAAUAACAAUUGGAAAAGGGUUCAUUUUCUAGGAAAAUGAAAUGAAAUAUAUUUUGCAUUUUUGCUGUGUUA